CCAUCUGAUGACGGUAAGCAAUGAAAAGCUAUAGCAAAGUAGUAUAAACUCUAUUUUUUAUCUACAGUUUUGUCCAGCCGUCCAUUCCAUGGCGUUGUUUGGAUGUUACUUUCGAUUGGAAUUAUUGGCAACAUAUUGGUUGUGGUGUGGAGACUUGCACAGAAAAGAGAUCAGAGAUCGUCUCCUCUCUCAAUCUUCAUCAUGAUGCUAGCAGUUUCAGAUUUCCUUUAUUGUGUUCACUUGCUUUUUCUCGAGAGUUUGGUGCUUGAUGUUAAUCUUGACCAAACUAAACAUCUGUCACCCAUCUCUGCUCGUAAAGUGUGUAUGACAAGCGCUUGGCUGUCUUUGUUCUCUUGUCUCUCAGCUCAGUGGGCAACUUUUAAUAUUGCAGUUUACUCGUUUCAAACAAUGAGCGAGUUCUGUUCUCGUUGUUGCUGUUCACUAGUUCACAAGCGAAGUCUAGUCAUCACAAUCAUCUGCCAAGUUCUAAUCAACGUGGUCAUAAUUGUUAUCUACAUGAUUGUGUACGACGGAUUGAGCUAUGGUGACACAGAACAUCCGUUUGAUCUAACACUACAAGAUUAUGACGAAUAUACAAGCAAUGACUUCUUCUCUAACUGGACCGAAGUUACUAAAUACUCAAGACGUGAACGCUUUGCCCAAAUUUUUGGACGUUGUGCUUGGGCACAGUCAAACGGAGUUGGUAUUUGCUUAAAGGAUACAAUUUCAUUAACACAUGACAAUCAUACAAAUAUCACCAAUUGGAGCUAUUGCCAAUUCACGUUUGCUGACAGUUUAUUAGACAGUGCGUUUCAAACAACACUAGUAGGAUCAAUCAUAGCUUCUCUAGGCACUGUUCUUACAUUGACAUGUGCUGUUCUCUAUAUAUGUUUUUGGAUAAAGCUUCGUGCAAGAGCAGCAAACUUAACAGAAAGAUCUGACAUGCACAAACUUAGAUGGCGUUUGAGUGUAAUUGUUCUCCUAGACACUUUCUGUUGGAUUCCUGUGACUAUACUACAUUGGACAGUAUUUAUCGAUAAAAUACGUAGUAGGAACAUUUGGUCAAACAGUUAUACUGCUGCAAGUUUUCUUCUCAUCUCAAUUAGUCCAGCAGUUAAUCCUCUCAUCUACACAUUCACGGGAAAGAACUUUUUACAUUCAAUUCGCAAGUUUUGCAGACGAAUGAAAUGCGAUGUAUCUGUGAGACGGACCAGUUCCAACAACCCUGACGAUCACACUAGAGGAGUUGGACGUUGCAGCUGUAUUCCAUGUAUCAGAUGUGUUCACCAAGAUGAAGACAACGAUCCAGACUACUGGCCUACUCAAGAUACUUCCGAAUGGAAUUCUGAUCAGAGCAGACUCCUGCCGUCUACCAAUGAAUCAAGUGAAACUAACUGACAGAUUCGCAUCA